AACAGUAUGAUGUAGUUAUUCGAUAACAUGUUAAAUUAUCGUAAUAUAAAUAGUAUAUAAAUAUACUAAUAAAUAGUAAUUUAUGAACCAAAGUGGAUUAAUACACCUUAUUAUGGACCACAGUUAAAAUCACGGUCUUGGAAGACCUUCUUCUAGAGACUGUGAUUAAAAUAUUAAAAAUCGUAUUUUAUAAUAACCACAAAAAACAAAAAUCCUUGACUGUGAUAAAGUUGAUAAUGUCUUGAAUGUACGAUAACAACUUGGUGCUGUGAUUAUUACUAUUGUAUAUUGCAUAUUACUCUAUGGAUCUACGACCGCAAUCGACCGUGUAAUAUUAUCUAUAGUCGUGAUAAGGAUUAAGAACCCAGCAUUCAGUAGUUAUAAUUUAGAAGGCAGUAUACAGUAUACGAUUAUUACUUUAUUAAAACCUGGCAAAGCUAAGUAAUUGAGUUGUUACUAUAGUUUCUAAUUUAAAUUUAAGAACAUUGUGAGAGUUAUUAAUUCUUGAAAUGACAGCCAGACAAAGACAACCGGAACGUUUAAUUGAAAAUUUAUCACACGUGGAUUUUGAGACUAGUGAAGAUGUCGAAAUACUCACUACGUUCGAUAAUAUGCAUCUCCGAGAAGAUCUUGUUCGUGGUAUUUACUCAUACGGUGAGUGUUUCAAACUGUUAAGAUUUGUGUAUACUACCAUGGCCAUGCAUUGCUAAUAUUGUGUUACCGUCGAUUCACCCACCCUGCUCUCUCUCUCAUUAACUUUAAAAUAUUAGUCCGAAACACUCGCAGCUCAAACCCAUUUUUAAUCUCUCUUCAUACCACCACUUAGCUUAGUAAUGAGCCUAUAAGCCGCAUUAUAAAGUUUACCAAUUGCUAAUAAACCGACCCUUCAUUUAAUAUAAUUUUAUAUUAUGUAUAGCCUAUUUAAUUUGUAUUAAUAUUUUUAUUUUUUCUUACUUUAAUGUUAUAUUGUACUCAUUCAUACUUAUUAUGUACUUAUUACAUAUUAUAUUUUACUAACAUAUUAUAAGCAUACAUUCAUACAAAAUUGUUCUGCUUAUACCAUUGUUAAAAGCAAGUCAGAAUAUAUAUUAUAAAUAAAUAAAUUUCAAUGAAAUUUCUUUGUAGGUUUUGAACGCCCUUCGGCUAUACAACAAAGAGCUAUCAAACCGAUGAUCAAAGGACGCGAUGUCAUAGCUCAAGCUCAGUCUGGUACGGGUAAGACAGCGACAUUUUCAAUUGCUAUGCUGCAAUCCAUUGACACUCAAUUAAGAGAUACUCAAGUUUUAUGCUUAUCACCUACCAGAGAACUUGCUGUACAAAUCCAAAAGGUACUAUUGUAAUUUUUAAUGCAUUCGAUAAGGAAAAUAAAUACUUACAUUAAAAGCAUUUUACUACAACACUGGGAAGUUCCAAGCAACAUAUAAAUCAUAAUUAUAUUUUAUUGAUUGUGUAGGUGGUUUUGGCUUUGGGAGAUUAUUUAAAUAUCCAGUGUCAUGCUUGUAUUGGUGGUACAAAUCUUGGUGAGGAUCUACGAAAAUUGGACUUUGGUCAACACAUUGUUUCCGGAACUCCUGGCCGAGUGUUUGGUAUGUAUACAAUUAAUUCAGAACUCAAUAUUAACAUAUUUUGUUGUAAACUAAAUUGUUUAAUAGACAUGAUCAGACGUAAAACACUGCGUACAAGAAAUAUAAAAACACUAGUAUUAGACGAAGCAGAUGAAAUGUUAAAUAAAGGAUUUAAGGAACAAAUAUAUGAUGUGUAUAGGUUCUUGCCACCUGCUACCCAGGUAUAAUUGAAUUAUAUUUACAUGUGAAACAAUUUUAAUUUGUUGCAACUUUUUAGGUCAUACUAAUAUCUGCUACUCUGCCCCAUGAAAUACUUGAAAUGACAAAUAAAUUUAUGACUGAUCCUAUUCGAAUUUUAGUGAAACGGUUAGUAAGAAAAAAAAUUAUGUAUUUGAUUCUUGAAAAAAUUCACGAUAAUUAAUUAUUUUAAUUCCAUUUUUUUAGCGAUGAACUCACAUUGGAGGGUAUUAAGCAGUUUUUUGUUGCGGUUGAACGAGAAGAAUGGAAAUUUGAUACAUUGUGUGAUCUGUACGAUACGCUGACUAUUACUCAGGCUGUUAUUUUCUGUAGUACAAAAAGAAAGGUACAUUAUAGUGUCAAUUUAUAGGCUGGAAUUAGUAUGCGACUGACAGUUAGCGCUGGCAGUACGCACUGACCAUGCUCCCCGAUUAUCAGUCAUCACCGAACAUUUAGUGCUUUGGCUGUCAGCCAACAAUAAAAUAAAGUUGUAAUAUAAAUACAUAAAUAUGCAUACACGCGUAUAGUUGCUCCGCCCAGCAUCAAACUAAAGGCCACCAUUGACGAAGGAGCCUGACCAAAGGUUUUUGUCAGUGGGAUGCAGCUAUAUGUGUAUAUAAAUCUAUCAGCGCUACACUGUAGUUGUUCAUACGCAUUCAUUGAUACAGCUACAUUUGACCAUUGUCAACAUUGAUUGUUGGAGGAACACUAAUUCCAACCAUAUACGAGAUCUGGCUAUUAAAUAACGAGACUGCUUAUGAAAAAUGGUUUUAUAUUAAAAAUUAUUCCACAACUGAAUGUUCCCCUUCAAUAUACUCUCCUCCCCUCAUCACACACUCUUCCAUCGACUCAAACCAGAUUCCUUUUAAGACAGACUUUAUCUUCGGAAACAAGUAAAAGUCGCAGGAUGCCUAAGACGUGUGUUCGAGUACUGGAGUGCCUUAAGUGGUCAAAUAACACUUCACAGACAGCGCAUUAUGGGCAGGUGCAUUAUCCUAGUGCAAGAUCCACGACUUGUUUCUAAACAAUAUCGACCCUUUCUUACGAACUCAUUCGCGCAAUGCCAAAACUGUCAAAUAGUAAUGUUGGUUCACAGUUUGACCCUCUGAAACCCAUUCAGUCAUCAUGAUGCCGUUGAUAUCAAUGAAAAUGAUCAGCAUGGUUUUGAAUUUGGAUUACGACUAAAUUGGAUUCCGGUGCACUCUGGACCUUCAGAAAAUAAUUUAUACCACUCAAGAACACGUGCCCGAGAUAGGAAAUUCUCACUAAAGGCCUCUUUUAACAACUUAUAGCACUCAGUUGGAGUUUUUUUAGUUUAACGAGAAAAUUUUACGUUUAUCCAUUGCUCAUGUUUUUCCUCACACAUUAUUUUCGGCAAGAGAAAAAAACAUAUUCCAUUUCUAAAGGCUACAGAAAAAAUACUAAUGCACCAACAAAAACCCGAUUUUGUAUUGGCAUAAUAGACACUUCCAGCUAACCAGCACUGUAUUCGGUUUUCCCCUAACCUUUUUGGGACGCUCUCUGCGCGCGCAGUAUCGUUAUUUAAUAGCUAAACCUCGUAGAUCAUUAUGACAUUUUGUUUAAUUGAUUAUUUAGGUGGACUGGCUUACCGAAAAAAUGCGCGAAUGUAAUUUUACAGUUAGUUCUAUGCAUGGAGAUAUGCCGCAGAAAGAAAGAGAUGCGAUAAUGAAAGAAUUUCGUGCUGGUCAAACGUAAGUAUUUACAGUAUAUUUUCAAUGUAAAGACUUAAUAAAUUUAAUCCAAUUUUUAUUAAAUCAAAGCUUUUAAUGUUAGAAAAUUAUUUUAAUUUGUAUAUAUAUAUAUUACAGAAGAGUUUUAAUUACUACCGAUAUAUGGGCAAGAGGUAUUGACGUACAACAAGUUUCUUUGGUCAUUAAUUAUGAUCUACCUAACAACAGAGAAUUAUAUAUACACAGGUAAUUUGUGUUUUCUAUAUUUUAAAUAAAGUAAUUGAACAAAAAUCCUUGGUUUAUGAAACAAAAAGUACUCAUUAUUAAAUAAACAAUAAUUUGAGUACAACAGACCAUUUUNCUCAAAUGCAAUUUUAUUUUAAUAUAAUAUAUAAUAUAGUUAUUCAAUUUGAUUGUAGGAUUGGUCGGUCUGGAAGAUUUGGUCGAAAGGGAGUGGCAAUCAAUUUUGUAAAAAGUGAUGAUAUUAGAAUUUUGCGUGAUAUAGAACAAUAUUAUUCCACACAAAUUGAUGAAAUGCCAAUGAAUGGUAAAUGUAUAAUAUUUUUUUCUCAAUAUAUGCAGGCGAUUACUUUAUCAUGAAACUAUGAUUAUUACUAUCCAACAUUAUUUUCUAAAGUUUACUCUCAUUUUGUAACAGAAUUACCCUGUAGGGAAUUGUUCAAAAUAUUAUAACAAGUCUAUUAAUUGUGAUUUAUUUUUAUUUCAGUUGCUGAUUUAAUUUGAAUUCAAUUUUCAAAAACUUUAUUUGUGUUUAUCACAUUUUUAAAGAAGAAAUACAUUUUAUUGUUUUUUUUUUUUUUUUUACAACACUACUGUUAAAUGCAAAUAUUAUUUUUGGAUAUCUAUAUUCAAUAUCAUACUACAUCAAUAUCUUUAAUUGAAUUACAUUGUCUACUUUAUAAUCAUGUUUGUAUACUUUGUAAAGUAUACAAAUAGUUACUUUUAAAUUUCAUUAUUCUCAACAUUUUAACUUGUAUGUUUGUAAUUUUUAACAUUACUCAUUAGUAAUGUAAAAAUAUUAUAUUUUUAAAGUUUUUCAAAAAAAAUUUAAAAAUACAAAUUUGAAUUAAAAAAAGUUUUAUUGAAUAAUUUUAUGAAAAAGUCGGACAAUUCUCAUAAUAACAAUAAAUUUAUUUAUAUAUAUUUAAAAUACCUUUGAUAACCUGAGUCAUAAUGUUUACAAAAAAAAAAAUUAUGUUGCAAUAGAAAAAAAAAUAUUAUAAUUCUUUAUUAUGUUUUUAAAGAAUCAAACAAAUUUUAUUUUUAUUUCAAUGUAUCACCUAUUAAAGUUUUUAUAGUUAAGGUAAAAAAAAAA